CACACAGGCAGUGACAUUCGAUAGCCCUCAGUGAUGUGGAUUCUGUGGCUGUGUUGUUGAAAAGGUCACUUCUCGGGAGAGGCACAAAGAACGAAAUGCUGGACUGUUGUGUCGUUAUUUUUCUUAACAUAGUAAACACUUAAUACGUUAGUGGUGCCUUGAAUGAGUGAAACCAGGACAGAGAGGAUAAAGAGGAACCCUUGCUUCAUAAGUAGUUUUCAGAUAUUUUAAGUGUUUCCUUAAAAAUAAGUACAAACUCUGCCACUAUGACUACCAGCAUAUUCAAGCUGUCAGCGUUGCGUUCAUUUUUACCAGUGCUGGUUGGUAUGUGUAUGGGUAUUGCACUAAACAUGAUGGUCGCUCCUUUUUUUGAUGAAAUGUGUGACACAUCCAAGGCAGCAAACCCACAGAAUGUCAUUGAGCUCCACCAUAGAAACAACAAUGUGCGAAUCAAGAAAGAAACUGUUGACAGUCCUAAAAAGUCUGAAGCACCAGUUAAGCUGGAUCCAACAGUACCGCAGACAUUCAGCAUGCCUGGUAUAGGAAAUCCGAAAAAAUUUGUACGACCUCGAUUUGCCUCGACAGAGCUUGGUAUUAAGGAGAAACUCUUUGUGGCCGUGUUGACAUCUCCAAAUACAAUCAACUCAUUCGGUUUAGCAGUGAAUAAAACACUUUCCCAUUAUGUUACAAAAACAAUAUUUUUCACUGCCACAAAAACAGGAAUUUCGCCCCCUGGUAUGCCAGUGGUGGGCUUCAUGCAGCAACAUGGAACAUUUUUACCUAUACAUGUACUGAAGUAUAUCCGAGAUCAUUAUGCCAACAGUUUCGAUUAUUACAUGUUCAUUACAGACAGAACGUAUUUACGAGCAGAGAAAAUGUUUGAGCUGGUUAGUCACAUCAGUGUGAGCCAAGACGUCUAUAUCGGGCCAGCAGAAAUUGAUGACAAUGGUCAGAAACAUUGCUCCAUCGAAGGAGGGUUGAUAAUCUCACAGUCUGUCAUUGAAAAAGCAUUCACACAACUUGACUGGUGUAUGAUGAACAGCCAUGCUUCGAGUGCCAGUAUCACCUUGGGGCGAUGCAUCCACCACACCACUGCCCUACAGUGUACAGAUCAUGGAGGGGACAAAACUUACAAGUAUUACCACGUGGUGGAUUUUGACUUUGAUGAUGACAUACCUGUGUUGAGAAAUGAUGCUCGGUUCAACACCUCCCUGUCUGUCUAUCCCAUGCCAGACGACAUCUCACACUACAAGAUUCACAGAUAUUUUUGCCAACUGGAGUUAAACCUGACCAAACAGGAGAUAGUGAAAGCCAAGGAGAACAUGGUGUACCUGAGUGAAUUUGGACCCGGAGGACGGGAUUCCCUCACAUGGCCUCUCGGAGUUUCGGAAGCUAUUCAGCCAAAGAGCCGUUUUGACAUUCUGCGAUGGUCCUAUUUCACGGAUAAAGAUAUCUACUUUGAUGAUGACUUCACCAAUGUCAGGAGACUGAUGGGAGCUGACAAAGAGGAUGUGGCAGAGAUUACACAGACGGCGUUUGACAAGUUGAACAAGGAGAAUGGCCGCAAGUAUCGGUCCUUCCAGCUCGUUAAUGGCUACAGAAGGUUCGAGCCUGCUCGUGGCCUUGAAUACACAGUGGACUUAGAGGUGUAUACCAACAACAGAAAAGAGAGUGAAAUGAAACGGGUGCAUCUCCUACGACCACUCAAUAAGGUGGAACUCGUACCGAUGCCCUACGUCACAGAAAACACAAAGGUCAAUCUCAUAGUGCCAGUGUUCUAUGAGGAUCAAGAUGACUUCGCAAUUUUUAUGGACAGUUUCUCCAAAGCUGUUUUGGACAACAGUGAUAAUACCAUGCUGUAUAUUUUGCUUGUUUACAAUUCUCACAAUUUGAAAAGUGGACAUGACACAUUUGCUGUUGUCAAGACUACGAUCAAUUAUUAUGUGAACAAACAGACUGAACAGGAGGAAAGGAUCAGGUGGUCAGCGAUGGACUCUAAUUCAACGGUUUUAACUGAUUUUGAAAUUAUAGACCGGGUUGUCCAGGACUUCCCCUCGACCGCUUUACUUGCCAUCGGGGCUGUAGGCAUGGAGCUAGAACAGGACUACAUAAAUCGUGUGCGUAUGAAUACAAUACAAGGCUGGCAGGUAUUUUUCCCAAUUUCUUACUGGCAAUACAAACAAAACCUUGCCUAUGAACAAGAGCCUUACCCAAACACUGUAGAAUUUGGUCAGAAAUAUGGUCAUUUUGAUGUCAAUUCUUACGAACAUAGUUCAUUUUAUGUGUCUGAUUAUUUGACGGGAAGAAAGCUCCUCUCUCAAAUGGAAAUCAAGCAAGGUCAGCUUUUAGAUAUGUUUUUGAAAAAUCCUAGAAUCCAUGUUUUCAGAGCAACCGACCCCGCUCUGAGGAAUCGUUGGAAAAGUAUCGCCUGUCCUUCCAAUCUCCAUGGUGACCGAUACUCGAAGUGUCUACAGCGGAGGUCUGAGGGGUUGGCCAGUCGUGCCCAACUUGCCAAGUUGAUAUUUGAACAACAAGAAAAGGAUACUCAUGUUCCUGGAACAGCUGCAUCACAUCUACCUUUAGACUAAACUGAUGGAGUGUGCAUUUUCUACUGAGACUGAACUGAUGGAGUGUGCAUUUUCUACUGAGACUGAACUGAUGUGGUGUGCAUUUUCUACUGAGGCUGAACUGAUGGAGUGUGCAUUUUCUACUGAGAUUGAACUGAUGAAUUGUGAAUUUUUCAACGAGAUUGAAGUGAUGCAGUAUGGGUUCAAUUUUAACGGAUAUAGUGUGAAAUCACUUAAGGAUGUAUGCUGCCUUACUGUGACAUUAAUCUCCUUUCAGAAGAUCUAGAGUCCAACAUUUUUCAUCCAUUGUUAAGCUAAUUAUUGUGAACUUGGAAAGUAAUACCAGAAUGUUUGUGUUGAUAACAUUCAGGUAAAUCUGCAUUUACCAUGUAGAUAUUCAAAUAAUUCUACAUGUUAUAAAAAAACAAAAAAACAAAGGGAGGUAAUCUUAGCAGGGUUGACAGUAAGGUAGUAAAAAUGGAUCUGCUGGCAUGCUCACCAGACAUUGUGGGAAUUAUCUUCUGACAUUGAACAGAUUUUAUAGCCCACUCCAAUGUAUUGUAUUGAUCUAUUUUUUAUACAAUUUAUGUUAUUGUUAUUUUUCAUAAAAUGCUGAAAAUUUGAAAAUAUUUUCACUGCAUGUUUAAAAUUUUCAUAUUGUUUAUCUUUAAACAAAAUAUUCUACAGAACUAAAAAUCAAAUAGACAAUUUUGGAAAUUAUAGAUAAUCAUGAUACACAUAUAUCUUCAAACUGGAGAUAUUCAGCAGGUGUGUUUUUACAUUCUGUAUAUUGUACAGGUGUUCCAAUCUCCUGCCCAAACAUUCCUCUUUUCUGAAGUUAAAUCACAGAGCUGCAUACAUUUCAUCAUCCUUAUUCCAGAUAAUAUUUCAAAUGAUAUAAUUUCCUCUCAUUUCCCUGUGUGUAAGAUAGAGCUGUCAAGGGUAAGAAAGGGGUGUAGGACAUUUCAUUCUCCCACACC